AUGGCCGAUAAGUUCAUAACUAUCCAUGCAGGAGCCAAGAAGGCCGAACCAAGAGUAAACGACAUAUUCGCUGUCAAGCAGUCCUUGGGAGAGGGGCUGAAGGACUUCCUCGCCCGAUUCAAGAGAAUAAGGAUGACUCUGUCGAGCAUGCCCGAAGGGAUGGCAGUCGUAGCUUUCCAGAACGGGUUGAGUAGAGAUGGUUCGAGAGAAACUAGAAAAUUAUUGUGCCGAUUGAUGAAAUGUCCUCCAACCAAUUGGGAAAAAAUCCAUAAUGCUUAUUGUGCCGAGGUUCGAGCAGAUGAGGACGACCUCAAUGGACCAACUCAUCGGCUAAUCUCGGUGCAAACCGAAUCCAGAAAAGAACGAAGAGAAGACAUCAGGAGGGAUUACCCGGUCUCGCGACCCAACAGGGAACGAUACCAGCCAUACGUCAGGGCGGCCGUCGCACAUUCCCUUCGCUAUGAAGAAGAAAUAGUCUAUGCUCUUGAGAAACUCGGAACAAAGGUAAAGUGGCAGCCAAAGAUGAGAUCCGAUCCGAACAUCAGAAAAUCUGACACCCUCUGUGAGUUCCACCAGGAACGUGGACACAAAACAGAAGAUUGCACCACCCUUAGACAAGAUGUCGUAAAUAUGUUGCCGCAAGGACAACUCAAAGAGCUGUUAAGAGACAAGGGGAGAAAUAACUUCACUAAAGGAUGUAAAUACCAAGGCUCGCCGAAGCCGCUAUCACCAGCUUGUACUAUCAGCAUGAUCAUCGGCGGUGGUAACAACACAUCUAUCAACGUCGUGAAGUUCACCACCACUCACAAGCUCAAGCGGUCUAUCACCCGCGAACGGUAUGACAAACUCGAAGAAAGUAUCAUCUUCGAUGAGUUAGAUGCUAACGGUUUGACUUUCCCUCAUAAUGAUGCCCUCGUCAUUACUUUAUGCAUUUUAGAUACUGUUGUCAAAUGUAUCAUGGUGGACGGUGGAAGUGGAGUGUGCAUUAUCCAUCCCCAAGUCCUUACCCAAAUGAGACUCGAGGACAAGAUAGUGUCGUACUGA